UGUUUGUGAUUUCAAAUUCAAAACAAACAAUUUAUGUAAAAGUUUUUAUUAUUAUAGUAUAGAUUAUUCUACUUAACAAGUUAAAAUGGUUUUUAAAACGUUCCACAAAGGGAAAUAUUUCAUAACAUUCAAGAGAGGUUUUGAAGAAUCAAAAAAAGAUUUAACUUUAGCAGUGGACAAACUUUAUGAAAACGAUAGUUUGCGGAUAACUCUCGCAGACGAUGACGACCCAACAUUCUUAUGUAGAAUUAAUUUGACGCGAUGCGACUAUGAAGAUCUGAAAAAACAACAAGGACUUCUUAUUGACUUCGACAACUUUCCUUCUCAAGUUGUGAGACUGCUGCAGCAGUGCGCCUCGAAUAAUAUGUUUUUGAUUGUACAACAAAUAAAUCCAAUACAGUACAACUUUGAAGUAGUAGAACACAAUGAAUUCAGACGUCUCAUCCACUUAUCCUUAAAAACUGGACCAGCUUGUGACAGUGACGUCAAACAGCACAUGGCAGAAACUAUUGGAGAAUUAAAAAAAUCACUGGCAGCUCUAAAGAGUUCAGCAUCUAGCAAUGAAAUGAUGUGGCAUGAUAAAUGUCUAAAGAUGGAAGCAAAGAUUCAUGACCUGACACUUACUGUGUCUAAAAUGGAAGAAGAUAAACUAAGACAUGAGAAGGAAUUUCAAGAUGCUUUAAAGAUGGAAAAAGAUCGUCUUGCACAGGAAAAAUUACAAUUACAAAGAAGUGCAGAAAUAAACACUAACAACCUGCUUGCAGUAUCUCAGGAUAAUUUAACCAAAAAAGAGAAAGAGAUUCAGGAGUUAACACAGAAUAUAAAGCAGCAUAAAGAUAGUAUUACACAGUUGGAGUACCAGAUUAGUGAUAAAACUCAGAGAACGAUUUUUUUAGAAAAGGAAGUGCAGAAGACCCAUAUAGAGGUUGCAACAUUAAAAGCUAAGAAUGCAACUCUAGAAAAAGAUAUCUUAGAGAAGGAAAAGCUAAUUAACCAAGUCAAUUCAAAAUGUGCAUAUUUAGAAAAGGCAGUUAAGGACAGUUUAGAAAACAUCGAGAAAUUAAAUGAAACCAUACAGACUCAGAAAAUGGAAAAGGCUAGUCUUGAAAGACGUUUGACUUUAAGUGAAUCUCUGGUGCACAAAAACACUGAAACAGCCAACUCUACUGGUGAACAACUGCUGAAGGCAAACCAAAUAAUUACCAAACAAAACAGUGAGCUCAUUGAAAUGAAAGAGAAGUUGUUAUGCAGAACCGCAAUAGCAUUGGAGCAAGAGAAAGUCAUCGAGCGAAACACUAAAGAAAUAGAUGACCUGAAGUCUCAAAUAGAGGUGACAAUAGACUCUAUGGAUAAACUUAGAAGCGAACUUGAGUCUCUUAAGGAGAAAUAUGUAACUAACGAACAAGCGCUCAAAGAUCGUGAUGAAACUAUUAAGAAUAAUAAUAUGGUUAUCCAAUGGCUUCAUAAAAAGGUGGAUGAAAAUGGAUUCACCAAUGGUUAUGCAAGAAACACAUCCAAAACAGAUGUCCAAUCGGCAGCAAGUUCGACACCUUACUUCAUGGGGAAACGUGUGCAAAAUGAUUCAUCACAAGAAACUGAUGAGACUAUCAACUUUUAUGCCACUUCAAAACUAUCAAGUAUAGAGGAAAGCCCGCAACCGUUGACCUCUGCUAAAAAUGGAUUAGAUCCCAAGUACCUCAAACCAGCGUCUGAAGACAACCAGACACGCAGAAAAGACGGGCUGAGGUCUUCAUCUUCAAAUACACAAAACAAGGGCAAAGAAAACAAGGUGACUGAUUUGCCGAAAGUUGAUUAUAGAGAAAAGAAAUCCUCAAGACCAAAUACAUACCGCGCUACGCCAGUUUCGGCAUAUUUUCCGUGAAUUUAUUUUGUGAACAACCAUUUGAUUGUUUAUAUGUACCUAACCUAUCUAAUUUAAAUAAUGUCUGUAAAUAAAAGUUGACUCGUU